AUGGGCGCAAAUUUGACUUCACCAUUACCACAUCGACCACAAACAUCGGUAAGGAAUAUGGGAAUGAUUAUAUUUUUGGGGGAACCUUUCGGGAGUAGGCUGGCAAAAAUAAUGCAAUAAUACAACAUUUUAGAAAUGCCAAGAAAAGGCGAAAAACCUGUAAUCAUAGUAUUUUGGUGAUUGGAGAACAUUUUUCGAGGUUUUUCUUAUUGCAAUCUCUAUUCCCGAGAUUUUCCUAUUUUUUGCUGCAAAGAUUGUGAAAUUUGGUUAAGUUUGAAGGAUUUUAGCAUUUUUUGUGAAAAAACGAAAAACGGUUUUGAGGUUUGGAAAAAUUGUAGGAAAACCUACGCGUUGUCUGCGUUCUCUCUUACGCGUUUCUAUCUCUCAUUUUUCUCUCUUUCUCUAUCGUCUCUUCUAGAAGCAACACUCUCUCGCUCAUUUUUUCAGUUUUUUUUUUCUUGAAAUCAGGAAAAAUCGCAGUUUUCACGGGGAACAUCAUAUAUGAAAGUAUAGAGAAAGACAAGGAAAAGACAGAAAAAUAAAAAUCGAAUUGUAAAAUUUAAGUUGGAUUUGAUAAUUUUUGCAAAAAAGGGAAAAAUGUUGUAUAUUAUUGCAUUUCUGAAAACUAGUCAGAAAAUUUGAAAUUUGAAAAAAAAAAAACAUUUUAGACAAGUCUGAUUCAAAAACUCUGAAGAUCAGAUUUCUACUCAAGAAACUUUCCAGUAACUUCAAAAAAGCUUCCCAUAAGUAUCUAUCACACAAAAUUUCAGGUCUGCAAUCAUUUAUUUUCGCCCGGUGAUGGUGGACCAACAUUUGCACCUCAACGAAAUCAACAACACCCAAAAGAAUCGGUUUUGAUGCAAGGUUGGAAUUGGAGCAAACGGAAUAUUCAGCCUGUUAUGAGUCGACGAAGUUUGCCAAAAUCCGAGUCAUCUUCUGACACAACAAUAUCAUCAAAAUCAAGUGAUAGUCUUGUUUCAUUCACAAGAUCAACACAAUUCUCCGGUGGAAGUAAGGUGUCGAUUUGUUUGGACAAGAAUCAGAAUUAUCACCAUAACCAUCAUAAUGCGACAUCUCGAUCUUUGACUUCUUCAUCAUCUUCAUCUUCAACAGGAAUCGCAAAUGAUUCAACAACAAUUAUACCAAAUUAUUAUAGUAUUCGGGAUGAAUUUCGACGCGGGUUACAAUUAAAUAAACAACAAGAUUAUAUAAAUAAUAAUAAUAAUGACAAUAUUUCUCCACCAAAUCAUAUUCCAAGACAAAUUGGAACUAAAGAUGAAAAUGCAAAUGGAUAUGGAUUUGGAUCUACAAAUCAGCUUAAAGAUUUGGUAAGCUCCUUCAUUUUUUUAUUUGAGAAAAAAAAAUGUAUUUUUAGAACACUUCCACAUCAACAACAACAUCAAAGUUAACACAAACACAAUCACGAAAAACAAUAAUUCAAGCAUCAACAUCGGAAUUAUUACGAGGUCUUGGUAUAUUUAUUGCAAAUACGUGUAUUGUUCCGGAUUUUGAAGCGGCUCAUUUGGUGACUUGGUUGAGAUCUGUUGAUAGAUCAUUAUUGUUACAAGGAUGGCAAGAUAUUGCAUUUAUUAAUCCCGCCAAUUUGGUUUUUAUUUUUAUGAUUGUUAGAGAUGUUUUGCCUGGUAUGUUUGGAUUGCGAAAAUGAGAUGAACUUUAAGAAAAAAAAGUGGGAAUAAGACUCUUGUAAAAAAAUAUAAAUGUGAAAAAACUUUAAAGUGAUCUACUUGAAUUCCAAUUUUUUUCCUGUCGAUCAAAAGACAAUUUUUCUCAAUCCGUAAUUAUAUUAAAUCCGGGAAAUAGAGAAAACCAAACUACAGUAUACUUUGUCGGCCUCGUGUUUUCCUACUGAAAAAAUUCAAUUGAUUUUUACGCGAUUCUAUGUGCAAUAGGGCAAACUUGAUUUCCUGUGUGUUAUGUUUCAAUUUUUCGUGUGUUUUAGAAAAAAAACUUUUUUUUUGAAAAGUGGAAAUUCAACCUUAUUCCUAUUGAGUUAGCACAAGUUUCUCCACAAAAACAUCUAUAUAUUUUCAGUUGAACGACAUUCAAUAAUAACACUUCAAGAACUCCACGCCUGGGUUCUCAGCUGUCUCUAUGUCUCCUAUUCUUAUAUGGGUAAUGAAAUUUCGUAUCCUCUUAAACCAUUUUUAAUUGAAACGGUGAGCCUUUUUAUUCUAAAUUUUUUUUUCAAUUUCAAAAUUUCCAGGAUCGUAACGCAUUUUGGUCUCGAUGUGUUUCAAUGAUCACAUCGCAUAGUGAAAAGAUGCUUCGGCUAAAUUCAUCGUCAACAUUUUUCACCGAAGUCUUCACUGAUCUCAAACGACACUCCACCGAUUCUGAAUAG